GAAAGAAAGCUGAGCCGCUAAUUUCUAAACUUGCUUGAUCCAUCGAGAUGAGUCUUCUUCUCUCUUGUGCCUCUGCUCGCACCUCCAAUCUUUUUUGUUCCUCCCAAAAGGUCAAUGGAAGAGAAAGAGAAUUGCAAUACCCAAUUCUUCCAAAUCACAACAAAGAUUUGAACUUUCUGAUAAAGAAGUUAGCUCCGCCACUCACGGCGGUUCUACUUGCUGUUUCACCCAUCAUCUGUUUCCCUCCAGAAUCUCUAGGGCAGACUUUGGAUAUACAGAGAGGAGCAACAUUGUUUAAUAGAGCUUGUAUCGGGUGUCACGAUACAGGUGGAAACAUUAUUCAACCGGUCGCAACGCUUUUCACAAAAGACCUCGAAAGAAAUGGAGUUGAUACCGAGGAAGAGAUAUAUCGUGUUACCUACUUUGGAAAGGGAAGAAUGCCGGGAUUUGGAGAGAAAUGCACACCGAGAGGACAAUGUACCUUUGGACCGCGGUUGCAAGACGAAGAAAUCAAGCUUCUGGCUGAAUUUGUAAAGUUUCAAGCUGACAAAGGUUGGCCAAAUGUAUCUACCGACUAGCGAGUAGCAACGAAGAAUUAGUACAGUUCAAUUCGGUUGGUGAAGUAAAAAUUUGCAGCAGUAGUUUGAUAUUUCUUUGUAUCUACUUACACUGGUAACAUUUCUUUUUGGGAGGCGUAAUUGUAAUUGCUUAUGCUCCAAGAUGUUCUUUAGGUACAAAAUUCAUAGGUGUUCAUAAUCUACCAACACAUACGUGCUCA